AUGGCCAAGAGUGAUAGAAAGAAUGGCCAAGAGGGAAACAAAUUACAAACUGAUAGUAUGGCACUUAAAUGCAAAAACAAAAUCCCCGGCAACGGCGCCAAAAACUUGUUAGCUCUUUCAAUUAUGGCACGUCCUCCUAAUAACAUCAAGUCUAUUAAUGGAUCAAAAGAGGCACUUAAACUUGUCGUAAGAAUUAAUGAUCUUUGGUUCAUUGGGACUCCAAACAGAUCUGAACAAGCAGAAAUGGUCAUAAUUGAUUCUCAUGGAGAUACAAUCCAUGUUGUCUGUAAACAAGAUCAGUUAAAAUCUUGGAAGGCUGAUUUGAUUGAAAAUUAUACUUACGUAAUGCAUAAUUUUAAAGUCAUGAAGAAUGAUGACCAAUUUAGAAUCUGUGAUCACCAGUAUAAAUUAGUUUUUACUGGAGUUACUGUUCUCAGGCAAUCCAAUUUGGAGGAUCUUCCCUUUAAGAAAUAUCAAUUUGCUGAUUUCACUAAUAUCGUUGCUGGGCUCUUCGAACCUAAAUUGUUGGUUGACAUUAUUGGUGUCGUGGAUGAGGUAGUCUAUCGUCAUGUGGGAUCAGAGAAUACAAGGGUUGUUUUCAAACUCAAGGAUUUGAGUGGGCAAAUCCUGUCUUGCACUCUGUGGGAUAGUUAUUGCUUGCAGUUCAUAGACUACUUGAAUCAGUCUGAAAACGAUCUCCCCAUCAUUAUUAUAUUGAUGCAUUCAGGUCCGGUCAGUUUCACAGCUGGUGACCAGGGGAGUUCCCAGGUUUCAGGUUCAAGCCAAUUGUCGUCAAAAGAUGCAUUUCUUUCAAAAGCUGAGGCAAAGACAAUCUUUGACAUUAACAACAUUUCUAAGGAAAUUGUUUGUGUUACUGUCGACACCAUUAAUAGAAUUGUUAUGGAUAACCAUUCACAGUGUUAUCCAGCCUACAGUUACUGCUAUAGAAAAACUGAUAUUGAGACAAUCGCAUUCACAUGUGCAUGUAGCAAACAUAAUGAUCAAGUUGUGCUGAGGUAUAGAGUCGAGGUGAUGGUCACCUACAAAGAACAAAGCACAAAAUUUUUUAUGUGGGACCGUGAAUGCAUUGAGCUGAUUGGACAAUCAGCUAAUGAAUUUAACAAGCUGAAAAUAGAAGAGGGUGAUAUUGAUUUGAAUGUUUCUCCUCUGGCUCUUGAUAAGUUGCUGGGUUAUGUCCUUGCAUUUAAAAUCAAAGUUCAACCCAAGUUUAACAAUAAUGUUGUUCUUAGAUACUCAAAUGACUUAGAUUUGAUCAAUGUUGUGGUGGAUAUACUGCCUGAUGCUGAGCAAUCUAUGUCUGGCACAGCAGAUCAUGAUCCACUUCUGGGUCUUCCAUUGACACCUACAAAACGGUUACCAUUUGAUGACUAUGAUGAUGAACCGAAAGCCUCUCAGAUUUCACCGGCCUAG